AUGAGAUAAAAGGAUAGACAAAAGAGCAAAGGAAAAUACUUAAGCAUAUCGAAAGAACUAGUGUAAAUAGUGGAUGUACAUGGUGGACCCAAUUGUAAAAAUUGGGGAUAGGUUGCUCGACAUUUGGAGGCCCAAGUUGGGAUAAAGAUUGAGAAGGCAUACAGAUUGAAAAGAGCAUGGGAGUCUUUUGUUGAUUACAAUGAGAACAUGUCUAAGGAACAACUAGCAACAUUAUUCGAAACAGCCAUAAAAACAAGAGGGAACAUGGAAUACGCAAAACAUGAAUUUAAGAGAUUGACAGGGAUCUAAUUAUAUUCGACUCGAUAUGCCGAUUAUGUGAAAACAUGGUUGAAGCCAGGAUUAUUGGGAUUUAAAGAUUGCUAUAUAUUUUCAGUUGUAAAGUCUUUGAGGAGAUCUGAUUUCUAUUAAAAACAUACAAUGAUAUAACCAAUAACAGUAUUAUCGAUGUUGAGAAUAUUGGAUCAUGAUAUUGAAGAAUACAAGGAUGAUUUUUUUAGACUGCAAGAAUUAUUAAAAUGUUAUGCUAGUUGUUUUUCGGACUCGAGAGAAGAGAGAUACAGCAAGUUCUCAAGAAUAACUACAAGACAUCAGUUCAAAAAGAUCUACUUUUACUUAUAAUUGAUGGAAGAGUUUAGAAGAAUUAAUAGAUUUUUCACAAGCAAUGUGAAUCAAUUAACAUUUCAUCCGAUGUUAUUAAAAACCAUCGAUCAAAAUAAGCAAUGUCCAAUUUAUAAGUUGACACUUUUAGAAAAUGAUUAUUCGAGAAAACUAAAACUCUUUAAUGAAAAUGAGUAGUUUUCAGUUCUUUUGAAGCCAAAGAAAAAGAGGAACUCGUAGAAAUCAGGAAAUGAUGAAGAAAAGAAUAAACAGAAGGAGUAACAGAAUCCUUAUGUUUACUAAUUGGAGGAGGAAGAUCUGGUUAAAUAAAUCAAGGUGCCUAAGAAGAUGAGUGAAACAAAAAAGAAAUACAAGGAUUAUCGAUAUUUUAGAGGCCAUUUUAUUAGAGAUGGGCAAUAUUAAUGCAAAGGAUUAACAACAAAGGGUUUUGAAUAUGAUGUUCCACUUGAGUAAUGA